UUUUGCUCAGUCUCUAACAGCGGUCGAAAGUAUGGUGGCGUGAAGUUUUGUGUAGAAGGAAAGCAACAUGCUUUCCGCCUUAUUUUGGAUUAGUCCUGGUGCUUUGCCUCUAGUGUGAAGCGUCGACAAUCAGGUUUUUCAUUUAGCCCCUACAAAACAUAGUGCGGUUAUUUCGAGUUGAAAGGAAAUUUUGUGUAGCACUUGUUUUCCAAAGCCAAACCCAAAAUAUGAAAAACAGUCCCGCCAUCGACGUUUAGAAAAAGCGAUUUGAAAGAACCUCCUGCCUAGAAAAACGAUGCUAUGGCUUGGGCAACCGCAACUGCAAGUGUGGUCGCUACACUCGUUCCUGCUUGAUGCGCCGCGGUAGUCUUGCAAACUACACGGCGCAGCACCCGGAGUUGUAGUAGAACAAGGACAGGAGCUUCUACCAGGUGCUGACUGGCAGGCUGAAGCAACGAACCUCUAGAAGUCGGGACAAGACGUUCUUCCACUGGUUUGCCCUGGUGCAGGCAGCAACCGCAAAGAGGACGGCCGUAACCUCGAGGACAGAAAAGAACGUCGACCACGAGGACAUACGACAGACGGACGUGACAGAAGAAAAACCGAGAACUACGUGGCUGCGAAAAGAACUCACCUGACGUGUACAUCAAAAACUACAACCAGGUCCUGCGAGAACUUCAAGCCACUUACGCGGUUUUUUCUUGGGAAGCCGAAGAACGCCAGAAGGAAUUGUACUUCGCUGGGUAAUAUCACCUUAAAUAUACGGAUACAUAUCAAAAUCAAAACUACCCUACGUACCACGAACCAGCCCCACAAGUGGAACCUGAGCGAAGAAGAUGUUGGCGAAUUCCAUCUCUGACAAGUUGAAGUCUGCCUUGCGGGACAACUUGAAAUACGAAGACAACCGCGACUUUGUAAAUCCCUGGCAAGGCGACAAAUCCACCCUCUUGCUCGAAGCCCGGGCCUUCCACGCGACCCCGAUCGACACCGACAAAUGUUGCCGGCUAAUCACGAAGAUUCUUUACAUGCUGUUCCAGGGACAGCGGUUUUCCGGCGACAACAUGACCGACCUGUUUUUCGGGGUCACCAAGCUGUUCCAGAGCUCGAGCCCAAAACUGCGGCGUUUGACGUACCUGGUGAUAAAGAAUCUGGAGCCCGCGGAGACGGAGGCGUUCAUCGUCACUUCAUCCCUGAUUAAGGAUGUGAACAGUAAGACGGAUUGCAACCGCGCGAACGCGAUCCGGGUGUUGUCCAAGAUUCUGGACGUGCAGAUCGCGAACCAGAUCGCGGACCGCUACCUCAAAACCGCGAUCGUGGACAAAAAUCCCUUCGUGGCCUCCUCCAGCUUGGUGUGCGGGAUCUCCCUGACCAAAAUGGUGCCGGAAGUCAUCAUAUGCAUUGCAAGUAUGUCUGAGUCUGGAAGAAUGCGCGAUUUUUUGUCAUGCAGCUUUUCCAUGACCCAUGGGGUUUGGAAUGCAGGACCUAGCAUGACAGAUUCUGCGCGAUCCCUGUCAUGCCUAUCCUGCAUGAGAAACUUUCUCCCGACUUGGUCAAAACAGGACGACUUUUGAUAAUCAUGCAACACAGAUUUUUGCAUGCUUCAGAUUCAGCAUGACAAGUUGCACUGUUCCAGACGCAGACGUAUUUGCAAUGCAUACAUCAAACGGUGGGUGAACGAAAUCCAGGAAACGGUGCUGUCCUCGGGGAGCUCCAUGGUACAGUACCACGCCUUGGCCCUGCUGUACGAAAUCAAGAAAAACGAUCGCCUCGGACUGCACAAGGUGAUCACCAAUUUGGCGAAAAAUCAACUGAAGAACCCCAUGGCGGAGUGCCUGCUCAUCAGGUUCAUUCUUUGUUCAAAAUACGCUUCUUAUCACUUAUUUCGUAUCUCGCAUGAAAAACUUGCAUUUUUCCGUGACUUGCGACAUUGCACCUAAAAAUAUUGCGCGUUUGUGUUUGACUUUCCUUUAUUUUUCCUCGACAAGGAUUUUUAUACUAAGUCUGUUUCGUUUGUAGUAAGUACGCACACGCAGCUCGUCUUUCUUGCUUAAACAGGCAAGGCACAACAAAACCGAUAAACUUUUGUCCAUCGUUAUCACAAUUUUUUUCUCCACCAACUUCAGAUACGCCGCCAACGCGCUGAUGGCUCCAGACCGCGACCCGGGCAUCGAAAAGCCGCUAAUUGCCUACAUCGACAGUUGCCUCAAGGCGAAACAGAAGGCAGAAAUGGUCACGCACGAGGCGGCGCGGGCGUUUGUAAACCUGAUAAUAUCGGAAUCGAAGCAGGACCCGCACAUAAAUCACCUCUUCGGCGUGGAUUUCGCACGGGCUGUGGAUGUAUAGUUUAUUCUUUUUGUACCACAACGGUUGGUUUAGGUUUUGCUGUUGUAGCACUUGACAAUGACACCACACUACGACCACCCUAAACUCCCUCCUUGACCUUGCAAACGCUGGCUUCUCGAUGCGCAAGGAAAGAAAAAAGAUAAAAAAGAAUUCUGCAUUUCUUCUGGCGCGAGCCUCGUUGUCGAUGGGUGUAAUGAAAUCAAGACGCAUGAUCCGCAUGUUGGCACAAGUAGAAGAUAAUGUGAAAAGUCACGACCUCCUCGUUGUGACCUUCCUCGAGCAUCCACCGCUAUGAAACAACGGACGUAAUGUAUCACUACAUCCCAAAGAUUCUCCAAAUCGGGCUGACGUCGGCGAAGCCUGUGAUGCGGUUUGCCGCCGCGCGCACGUUGAACCAACUGGCGCAACACAGACCAUAUGCAUUGCAAAAGCAUCGUACUAGUAUAGACUGCAUCACAAAUUUUGGCAAGAGGAAAAGUGGGAUUUGUAAUGCUGUUUUGCCUUAGGAUGGAGAUUUGUAAUUAUGCAUAUUUGCAAAUGCAAUUACUACGAGUACGAUACUUUUGCACAGGAUAGACCAGAACUGGUGACCAGGUGCAACCAGGACAUGGAGCCCCUGCUGUCGGACCCAAACAGAAGUAUAGAAGAUACAUAGCUGCACCGGUUUUGCGUAGUUGUGAGCAACAAGAAUGACAAUGACUCUUCGUUGUCAUCAUGAUGCUUGAUUAUUGUGGUCUAGUGACAGACAAGGAAGAUCAAAAUAUGAAUAAAAACUACAAGUAGAACCACUGCAUGGCAGGAGCACGAACAUGACCGAAACGAAUUCUAGGUACUGCCACCCUGGCCUUGACGUCCCUUCUGAAGACCGGGAAUGAGUCCAACGUGGAGCGGUUAGUGAAGCAAAUAACCAGUUUCAUGUCCGAUAUCACGGACGUGUUCAAGAUCGAGGUGGUGCGGGCGGUGAAGUCCCUGGGGCUCCAGUACCCGACUAAGUACAAGGUCAUCAUUAUUCUGGGUAAAAACGUCCCCACCCCAGAGUUGUCAUGCAAAUCUGCAUGCCAAAAAAGUUUGUCAUGCGGAGCGCCAUGAGAGGCAUUCUCUAGUCGUGUUUUGGGAUUUGUGAUGCUAUAAUCAGCAUGAUCGACUAGAUCUGUGAUGCUGCUGAACUACCUAAACAGGAUUACACUACGGGGACAAACUUGUCAUGCCAAACGACUAAAGCUGGCUGAUUUGUCUAGCAGAUUUCCCAUCUUGGCUCUGGUGUGGGGACGUUUUUGCAAAUGAUAAUCAUGCACUUUCUGUCGACCAACCUGCGCGAGGAAGGGUCGCUGGAUUUCAAAAAGGACCUGGUGGAAGCCAUGGUCUCCCUGAUCCAGUACCCCAAAAUGUCCGCCGUCGCGCAAAAAGAGGGUUUGCUUCACCUCUGCGAGUUCAUCGAGGACUGCGAGUACCCGGAUCUGUGCAUGCGCAUCCUGGCGUUUCUCGGCGAAAACGUGCCCUUGCAGCAGUCGCCCGGAAAAUUCGUGCGGUUCAUGUACAACCGGUUGAUUCUAGAAAACGCCCUGGUGCUACGAAGACGAAAAAGUGCUUUUUCCUAUCACUAUCGUGUCUAAAAAUGCACAUGUUACGCCACAUCCAAUACUGCACGCUUCUUCCGCGCGUAAUGUUGAAAAAGAACGUGCGUGGUUUAAUCAUUCACCUGAAGAAAAACAUGACUGCCGCGCAUUGUCGUAUUUUGCAGAAAUGCUAAUAAUGCAAUGCCGUUGCAUGUGUGCAGUACCGAGACCGACCUAUUCUUGGGUGAAAGGCAUCGAUAGUUGUGAUAGAGCUUUUAUUCUUCGUUGCCAUACCUCCGAGCGGCCGCCGCCGACGCAUUGACGAAGGUUGGGUUAAAAGUGCCGUCCCUCCGAUCAGAUAUUGCCACGCUGUUGGAGUACAAUUCAAUUUGGAGUUUUUCGCUUACCAAGAGAACUUGCAUUUCAUGAAAUUGCUCGCCGCGCUAUGUAGUUUUUCAUUCCUCUUUUAUCUACCUUGCAUGGCAAAGUUACCGAUUUAGGGGGCUUUCUGCAUGGCAAAUCGAUAGACAAUAAAAACCGAAAACGAACACGAACAGGUGCGGCAAAAACGACAACGACGACGAAGUGCGGGACCGUAUAUCAAAUGUAAAAAUGUCUGGGUCAGGAAGAAUGCAACUUGUCAUGCUAAAUCUGAAGCAUACAAAAAUCUGUGUUGCAUGGCUGCCAAAAGUCGUCCAGUUUUGACCAAGUCGGGAGGGAGUUUCUCAUGCAGGAUAGGCAUGAGAGAGAUCGCACAGAAUCUGUCAUGCUACGUCCUGGUAGCCAUUUUGGCUCAAGGUUUUUUCUCGUUUUAUAUUAUAUUUUUUUACAUGUUUAUAGUAACUUGUACUAUCGGCUUUCGUGCCACCGGGACGUCCUGCCCGUAGACCACCAAUGUCAUGCUACGUCCUGCAUUCCAGACCUCAUGGGUCAUGGAAAAGCUGCAUGACAAAUCGCGCAUUCUUCCAGACCCAGACAUUUUUACAUUUGAUACCGUAUCAAUCUCUACAAGUCCUCGCUGCUGCAGCAGAAUCCGCAGGACGGCGACUACCUCACCGUCGUCGUGGAGCCCCUGAAAGACUUCUCGGUUGACGCCCUGUUUGACCUCUGCGAAAAACAGAUGUCGGUGCCGGACCUCCGCAAUAAGCCAAUCGACGUGUCGAACCUACCCACGCCCGAGGCCUAUGCGCAGUUUCUCGAGAAGAAGAGGCUGGAAGAGCAGAAGGAGCAGGGCCUGGCCGGGCACCACGCGCAACUGGCGGGCGGCGCGCCGGGCGAGACGAUAUGAAUUGUAAAAAUGUCUGGGUCUGGAAGAUUGCAACUUGUCAUGCUAAAUCUGCAGCAUGCAAAAAUCUGUGUUGCAUGAUUACCAAAAGUCGCCCAGUUUUGACCAAGUCGGGAGGGAGUUUCUCACGCAGGACAGGCAUGAGAAAGGUCUCGCAGAAUCUGUCAUGCUAGGUCCUGCAUUCCAGACCUCAUGGGUCAUGGAAAAGCAGCAUGACAAAUCGCGCAUUCUUCCAGACCCAGACAAUUUUGCAUUUGAUAGACGACGGGGGUCAGCGACGUCGCCGCGGCGGUCUCGAAGCCAACCACAACGCCGACCGAGGUACUCAGCAAAAUCGCUCCGCUCUUCGGCGGGAACGCUGCGGGGGCUAUAGGUGAGGGCGAUUAUUUUCUAUGUCCGUUCGUCCGUCUGAUAUGUUUUUUUCGUAUUUCCACUUACUAGUAGUCAAGUGGUGAUCUUUUGCAAAAAUGAAUUUCUGUCUCCAAGAACGACAGACGCUUCUAGAAGAUUUCGGGGUUUUAGGAUUUAGGGUUUCAUCUCAUUGUUUACCCACAGCUAUAGAAUGAUGAUGCUGCUCUUGAUGUACAACUUGUUAGCAAGUGUGAAAAAGCUGAAGCCGUGAAGAUCUUGAGCAUUCUUGUCGUGUACUAUAAAGUAGUACUAGUAGAUGUACUUCUACAACUACUUCUACCAGGUAAUCUUCUUUCGUGCACGAAGCCCACGCCGGUGACCGAACUGGAGGCGGAGUAUUCCGUUCAGCUGAUCAAGCACAUCUUCCAGCGGCACAUUAUGGCGUUCUCAAAUGUUACAUUCUCAGCUUUUACAUAAAUUUGUCAUGCAAGAACGGCAAAAGUGAAAGGGGGAAGAUGGCGCCUUUUGCAUUACAGAUUUGGCACAUAUUCAGAUGCUGUUUAGCCCUUCGUAGAUUUGCCAUGCGAAGCACCUUAAUCGCGGCGAUCUUGGUGGUAAAUUUGCAUGACAAAUCAUGUAACAGUUUAGAAUGUAACGUCUGAGAGUUCCAUACACAUCGUGCUGGAGUUUUACAUCACCAACACUUUGGAGGGCGUCGGCUUGGCGGACGCCGAGGUGCAGGCGACCAUUUUGCCCAAGGACGCGGACAAAUUUUCCCUGGUCGGGUCGGUGAAAGCGAGCGAAGUGAUCCAGUUUAACGAAAACAAAUCAUCAUACCUCGUGUUGGAGAAAAAAAUCGAGGGCAUCGUGGCGGCGUCGCUGCCGUGCAUAUCAACUGCAAAAAUGUCUGGGUCUGGAAACUUGUAGUGCUGCCUUGGGAAUAGUGAAUGCUCUGCAAUGCGCAGCCAAGCAUGAGACAUAUCUGCGCUUUUUUGUGUUGCGUUUUUCGUAUGACAAACUUCGUUUUUGCAUGACAGGCAAAAGUGUCUCUGCUUGGACACGCAUCACAAAUUUUUUGGUCAUGCCAGACAAGCAUGACAAAUCUCGCAAUCUUCCAGAACCAGACCCAGACACUUUUGCAUUUGAUAGCGCAAGCUGUGCUACAACCAACUCGAAGAUGGAGACGACAUCGGGUUUCCCGACGAAACGCAGCUCGAGAACGCGGAGAUAUUACCGGGAAACUACGUCAGCCCCGCCCUGCUUCCGCCGGGCCAGGUGAAACCGCUUUUCGAGCAGUUGAAGGCACAGGGAAGCGCGGUACUUGCUUUGAUUGGUUUUCGUAUGUUCAGAGUCACUGAAUGUGAAGUAUGAAUCAUACUUCGCAUUGUCUUCUUGCGUGUAUUGAUGAUGCUACUCAGAAUCUCCAUCUUGCGUUGACGUGUGCUUGGGCAGCUUGCACGGGAACGAUCACUACAAAGAAAUUAAAGGAAAAUGGAAAUUCUCUGCAGAUGGUGAAGCUGCAACUGGAGUACAACUCGAUCGAAAAGGCCGUGGAAGGUGUUAUCAAUACGAUGGGUAUGGAGGCCUGUGAAAAAACCGACACCGUAGACCCCUUAUCCACAGUAAAUUUCCCGUACACGUACAAAUGUGGUAUCUGCAUGACAAACUUUUCUUCCAAUCCUAUUCAGCAUGACAAGUGGCAUGCUCCAACUUGGUAAAAUUUGUCACGCAUUUUGUACAUGUACAGGAAAUUUGUAUUGCAUACCCCUCGAGAACGGCGCAUGAACUCUGGCUGUCGGGGACCUUUGCGGGCGGGUUUUCGGUAGUGUGCCGCGCCCUGAUCGGGAAAGACAACCAGGGCAGAAUACUCAUGCAGCUCACCGCCGCGUGUAAAAACAAAGACGUCGCCGAUUGCGUAGCCGGGUUUUUGAAAAGUUGAGGGCCAAUUAUAAAGACCGCGACCACAGGGUCAGGGCGUGCUGUUAUUCUGAUGUGAACGAAGAGCUGCUGCUCCCGAUUUUAUUCAUCAUAUUUGUUCCCCACGGCGACAAUUAUUAAUUUUUUCUACUAACUGCACGACACGCGGCCAUUUUGUUCAGUUUGCGCGUCCGCUCCGCGAUACGGCUACUUCUAGUCCUGGUGAAGAGGUGAAGCAGAUAUGAAUUCAUUCUCUGCUCCGCGCAUCGUGGUCUCACCGACUACUGUGCCUGCCGCGUUGGCGUUCCAUACCCCCCCCGUAUUUUUUUCGAAUAAUCCUAAUCGAAGACGACGACACUGAGUAGGUACAGGUAGUCGUCAUUCAAUCUUUCACAUCCCAACAUCGUGGCUGGCAGUAGAAGUAGUACGAACCGUAACCAACUAACCCUGGUUACACAAGAUUUUUCAUCCCGAUUACCCGCGACCGGUCCUGAUGGCGGGCGUCACGGACUGUGUCGCGUCCGCCGGAGGAUGAAGCAGCCGGGAGGUCUAAGUACCAAGUACCACGGCGUUCUCAUUUCUUCAUCAUGGGACAUUCAUUCGGAACGACCAUCACUACGGGACAUGUUACCACGAAUUAUGUAAAUGAGAAACCCACAUCUCUGCUUCCCAAAGUAGGAAGUGUGUGUUGACAAAAUAAGAAGAAAAUAUCGCAGCUAUCAAAAAGAAAAAGCACAGGAGAUGAUGACGUGUGCUGGCCGCCGGCUUGUAGUAGG